UCAGGAAAUGGAUUUUAAACGGAGUGGACGCAACGGGAACCCGCACGGACCGUGAACGCUAUAAGAGGGGCGCGUGGGGUUGGCAGCUUUUUUUUUUUUUUUUUCCUUCCAGUCAGCAAGCAGUCCUCAGCGGCGCGUGCCACCUCCGGACUAUAAAAGCUGACCGCUCUGUUCCACAGUUCCUGUGUGCGCACGCGCCUGUUUGGAUGUGUGUGUUCAGCUAGCGCGUGGACGGACCGGCAGAACCAUAAAAAGCAGGAGCAGGCCAGCGCGAGCCGGGGGAAGGCAGCCAGCCAGGCAGCUCGCGAGCGCUCAGCUCAGCUCAGCUAGCAGCAGCAGCCGCCGAACGGUGACUGCUCCGAACCAGAGAUGGUCACGUCCGCACCAGGGAUCCUUCUGCUGCUAAUGUGGCUCCAGCACUGCGGUAGCGUCCGAGGUACAAAGACUGAAUGUGAAGCCAAUCAGUUCCAGUGUGGAAACGGCCGCUGCAUCCCGUCCGUCUGGCAGUGCGAUGGAGAUGAGGACUGCACGGAUGGCAGCGACGAAAGCUCAUGUGUUAAAAAGACUUGUGCAGAGUUGGACUUUGUGUGUCGCAGUGGUCAGUGUGUCCCGAAGCGAUGGCACUGCGACGGGGAACCAGACUGUGAAGACGGCUCUGAUGAGAGCAUAGAAAUCUGCCACAUGAGGACCUGCCGUGUGAACGAGUUCAGCUGUGGACCAGGAACCACGCAGUGCAUCCCCAUCUUCUGGAAAUGUGAUGGAGAGAAGGACUGCGACAAAGGAGAGGAUGAAGUCAACUGUGGUAAUGUCACCUGUGCUCUCAAUGAGUUCACCUGUGCCAGUGGCCGCUGCAUCUCCAGGAACUUUGUGUGCAACGGCGAGGACGACUGUGGAGACGGCUCUGACGAGGUGGAGUGCGCUCCGUCCUCCUGUGCUCCCAGUGAGUUCCAGUGUGGAAACUCGUCCUGCAUCCCUGCCAGCUGGGUGUGUGACGAUGACGUCGACUGCCAGGACCAGUCGGAUGAGGCUCCGUCUCAUUGCGGCCGCCAUCCAACGCCGCCGGCCAAGUGCUCGCCCAGUGAGAUGCAGUGUGGCUCGGGAGAAUGCAUUCACAAGAAGUGGAGGUGUGACGGUGACCCUGACUGCAAGGAUGGCAGCGACGAGUCCAACUGUCCUGUACGUAGUUGUGGGCCGGAUCAGUUUAAAUGUGACGAUGGAAGCUGCAUCCUGGGAAGCAGACAGUGUAACGGCAUCAGAGACUGCCCCGACGGUUCGGAUGAAGUAAACUGCAAAAACUCGACGCAGUGUAACGGGCCAGAGAAGUUCAAAUGUCGUAGCGGGGAGUGCAUCGAGAUGAGCAAAGUGUGCAACAAGGCCAGAGACUGUCCAGAUUGGAGCGAUGAGCCAAUCAAGGAGUGUAAUCUAAACGAGUGUCUCCUGAACAAUGGUGGCUGCUCUCAUAUCUGCAAAGACAUGGUGAUCGGGUUCGAAUGCGACUGCACACCUGGACUCCAGCUCAUUGACCACAAGACCUGUGGAGACGUCAAUGAGUGUCUGAACCCUGGCAUUUGCAGUCAGAUCUGCAUCAAUCUGAAGGGAGGCUACAAGUGUGAAUGCCACAACGGCUACCAGAUGGAUCCGGCUACUGGCGUCUGCAAGGCUGUUGGUAAGGAACCGUGUCUGAUCUUCACCAACCGUCGUGAUAUUCGUCGUCUGAGUCUGGAGAGAAAGGAGUAUACUCAGAUUGUGGAACAGCAGAGAAACGCUGUGGCACUGGAUGCUGACUUUAACCAGCAGACCAUCUUCUGGGCCGAUCUGGGUCAAAGGGCCAUAUACAGUACCGUCCUGGACAAGCGAGGGGACGUUGGUAUCCACAAGAAAGUGAUGGACAACGUCCAAACUCCUCUGGGAAUCGCGGUGGACUGGAUCUAUAAGAGCUUGUACUGGUCCGAUCUGGGCACCAAAACCAUUUCUGUGGCAAACUUUAAUGGAACCAAGCGGAAAGUUCUGUUCAAUAGAGGCCUCAGAGAACCUGCCUCCAUUGCUGUGGAUCCUUUGUCUGGGUUUAUGUACUGGUCUGACUGGGGAGAGCCGGCUAAGAUUGAAAAGUCUGGUAUGAAUGGAGCGGACCGACAGGUUCUGGUGGCAACUGACAUCCAGUGGCCAAAUGGGAUCACGCUGGAUCUGAUCAAAGGCCGGCUGUACUGGGUCGACUCGAAGUUGCACAUGCUCUGUAGCGUUGACCUGAACGGGGACAACAGGAACAGAGUGCUGCAGUCUGCAGACUACCUGGCUCAUCCCUUUGCUCUCACAGUUUUUGAGGAUAGAGUCUUCUGGACAGACGGUGAAAACAAAGCGAUCUACGGCGCCAACAAGUUCUCCGGUUCUGACGUAAUAACGCUUGCCAGCAAUCUGAAUGACCCUCAGGACAUCAUUAUGUACCAUGAGCUGAUCCAGCUGUCUGGUACAAACUGGUGCACAGAGAAAAGUGAAAAUGACGGUUGCAGCUACAUGUGUCUACCUGCUCCACAAAUCAACAAACACUCCCCCAAAUAUACCUGCGUGUGUCCUGAAGGCCAGGAGCUGGCUGCUGACGGCCAGCGCUGUAGACCUGACUCUUCCUCCAAAGAUCCCUCAGAGGAUUGUAGGAAAGCUCUAAUACAGCCAACCAAAGAAGCAAACGUGAGCACGUCCAUCCAGGUGGACUCCACGGCCAGAGGCUCUGCUGCUGCCUGGGCCAUCCUACCAGUCUUGCUUCUGGCCAUGGCUGGAGCGGGUGCCUAUCUGAUGUGGAGGAACUGGCAGCUCAAGAACCAGAAGAGCAUGAACUUUGACAACCCAGUCUACCUGAAAACCACAGAAGAAGAUCUCAGCAUCGAUAUUACUCGCCACGGUGCCAACGUGGGCCACACCUACCCAGCGAUUUCAAUAGUGAGCACAGAUGAUGAUUUAUCCUGAUUGCGUUCGGACUUGUUCUCCUUGCGGAAACCUGCUCCGUCACAUGGCGCCUCCUUGUUACGAUGCCAACAGUUUUCCGUAGCAGCAGCCCUUACAGUUCAACCACAUGCCUUCAGAAGUGCAUUAAGUCCUGAUCUGUGGUGAAGAGGAAAUGUUAUUUAUUAUGUGAAUACUUCCAUGAUUUUUUUCCAUGUUCACUCCAAAGUGUUUUGGACUUAUUGUAUUAUUUUUUUUCGGGCUUUUCUUUUCCCGGAGUCUGGCGCAGUCUCUUUCUGGCUGGUCAGAGACGUUUUCCUCAGAUUGGACUGCUUCUCGUGACUGGACUGAAAAUCUGAAGGACAGGACAUCUUUAUCAAACUGUUUCCUGGAUAUGAUUUUAAACCAGGAUCAAAGUGCUCAGGUCUUAACGGGGAACAUGUUUGGAGACCAUGUAAAGGAUGGGUAUUUUUGGAAUCUUGACUGGCUUAGAUGUUAAUAUUUCUUAUAUUAUGAUGGCUAAUAUUAGGGUUUCCUCUGUUAAUCACUCUCUUCUUGCACAUUAUUAUUAUUAUUAUUAUUGCUGAGAUCACCAUGGUUACAUUUGUAAACAUUGUAAAUAUGUUUCCUCCCUCAGAGACGUGACUGUAAAUCAGGACUCUCUUCAAUGCACUUUGAUCGAUGUUCUCUCUGUAAAUAAGAUUGUAUACACUGACUUGAAUCCAUUUUGGUUUUUUUGCUAUGGCUGGGUACCUCACCGGAGUUCAGAAGUAUUUAAGAAGAACGGAGGAAAAAACAGUUGAAUUUGGUAAAAAUGACUAUUUUGUAUGUUUGUGUGCUGUUGCUGUGAACUUUUUAUAGCCUUGUACAGUGAAGGAGAACACUAUGAAGAGCUCUGUAUCUGUGAAGGAUCUGAUUCGCAAAGUAAUUUUGAAUUAAACCUAAAUCAGUGUUAAAA